AUGGGUGCCUGUAUGAGCUCAAACAACGAGGAGGUGGAACAGAAAAAGAAGAGUCAGGCAAUCGAUCGACAGCUGGAAGAGGACUCGAAGAGGUUACGCCGGGAAUGCAAGAUUCUUCUCCUCGGAUCCGGAGAAAGUGGUAAAUCCACGAUAGUGAAGCAGAUGAAGAUUAUCCAUCUGAAAGGCUACUCCGAAGAUGAACUGUAUAACUACCGCCCCACCGUGUUCAAGAACCUGGUGGAAUGCGCAAAAGCGGUGAUCCAGGCUAUGCGACAAUUCGAUAUCGAACCGGUAAUCGAAGAGAACAAGGCGUAUGCCACCUUCCUUAUGGAAUACACAGCCGAAUCUGGCCCCCAAGCACAUAUCGAUCCCCAGAUUGGAAUCGCCAUCCAGUCAAUAUGGAGCGAUCCCGCGAGGGAACAGCUCAUGGAGAGGCAGACUGAGUUCUACUUGAUGGAUUCUGCAGAAUACUUCUUCCAAGAGGUCAUGCGGAUCGUAGCACCAGACUACCUCCCGAACGAAAUGGAUGUUCUCAGAGCCAGAACGAAGACAACUGGUAUCUACGAGACAAGAUUUCAGAUGGGCCAACUCAGCAUACACAUGUUCGAUGUUGGCGGUCAAAGAAGCGAAAGAAAGAAGUGGAUUCACUGCUUCGAAAAUGUCACUUCAAUUAUCUUCUGCGUUGCCCUUAGCGAGUACGACCAAGUUUUGCUGGAGGAGAGCAGUCAGAACCGAAUGAUGGAAAGUCUACUGUUGUUUGACUCGGUGGUGAACUCGAGGUGGUUUAUGCGCACCAGUAUUAUUCUGUUCCUGAAUAAGGUGGAUAUCUUCAAGCAGAAGCUUGGACGUUCACCACUGGGCAAUUACUUCCCAGACUACUCGGGCGGUAACGACGUCAACAAGGCAGCCAAGUAUCUCCUCUGGAGGUUCAACCAGGUCAACCGAGCACACCUCAACCUGUAUCCCCACCUGACUCAAGCAACCGACACAUCCAACAUCCGAUUGGUGUUUGCGGCCGUCAAGGAGACGAUCCUCAACAACGCUCUUAGGGACUCUGGCAUCCUAUAA